GGGGCGCCCCGCCCCCCCUCGCCCAGCCUGCCCGAGAUGGGGACCCCCGGGCUCAGGCGUGCUGGUCACCAUGACAACAGAGACAGGCCCCGAUUCUGAGGUGAAGAAGGCUCAGGAGGAGGCCCCACAGCAGCCCGAGGCAGCUGCCGCUGCGACCACCCCUGUGACCCCCGCAGGCCACGGCGGCCACCUGGAGGCCAACUCCAAUGAGAAGCACCCGCCCCAGCAGGACACUCGGCCUGCUGGACAGAGCCUAGACAUGGAGGAGAAGGGGUAUGGGGAGGCUGAUGGCCUGUCAGAGAGGACCACGCCCAGCAGAGCCCAGAAAUCACCCCAGAAGAUUGCCAAGAAGUACAAGAGUGCCAUCUGCCGAGUCACUCUGCUCGAUGCCUCUGAGUACGAGUGUGAGGUGGAGGCAUAG